UUCUUCUUCAUCAUCUUCGUCCUGAACUCAUGCAUACCUGGCCCCUCUAUAAUCAUGAGUUUCCUUUUGCCAUCAUUACCUUCAAAAGCCUUAUCUUUUUUCAUCUCUCUCUCUGUUUCUCAAAAGACGCAACAGUUUUGUAGAUCAUGAUCUAUAUAAUGCUUACUCUUCCAUUGUGCUUACUCAGUUCUUGUGCGGAAUAAAACCACAAGAUGUGUCUUAAAUCCUCAGAGCCACCAUUCCCGGACACUCAAACAUUAACGAUGAGAUCAGCUUCGUACCACAACAGACGUAAAUCUAAGAAAGAAAUCCAUAUUCGUGUCCUUAAUCUCACCAGAAGGAGAAGAUUACUGAGAGAGGCAAAUAAGGAGAUUGAGAUGAGAAACUUGAAGCUUAUCGUAGAGAAUCAAAGCAUCAUACAGAAGAAUGAGGCUUUAAAAAAGAAAGCUCUUCUUCUCCACCAAGAAAACAACGCUCUGUUCGCUCUGCUUCAUCAUCCUACACUUUCCCCUGUUUCCACCUCCUUCCUCUUACGAUCUUCGUAAAUCAUGCUUCUUUGAUUACGUUUCUUCUCGUCUUCUUCCAGACGAUUCCCACCUUUAGUGGGAACAAUAAAAAGAUCAAACUAAUGAUAAGUUUUGGUAUAAAUUAACGUGUAUCCAUGAUCAUUUUAUAUGCGUUUAAUUUUAAUCACAUGACGAUCGAUGUUACCGA